UUCUCUUGACUUUCCAUGUGCUCGGCAUUUUAAAAGUCAACAUCUAAAACUCUUUAUUUAAUUUAAAUUAAAACAGUCACAAUGGGAACGAAAAAGGUAAAAAUCAGCUCGGUGAAGCGAGCUGCUCACCUGAAAUCAAAGAAGAAACCAAUCUCAAAGCAGCAACAACAAAAACAGAAGCAGAAACGCGACCAACUGACUUCCAAACGCGAACAGGGCCAGAAUAUAUUCUCCCAGAAGGCAAGAAAGCGCGAUAAUUUAGCCCAGCGCAAGAAGCACAACAAGCUAGCUUCCCUGGGACUAGAUCCGCUGGAGGAAGACAACGAGGAUGGCGACGACGAGAUGCUGGAUAACGUUGCAGACAUGCUGGACGGCGAUGAUCUUGCCCUCCUGCAGGCCAAUAAACGCAAGCGGAAGGCAAAAACGGCCGGCGAAGAGGACCCUGAUCAGGGGCAAUCUGUUGGGUUGGAAAAGGCCUAUGCCUCAGACACCAAAAAAGAGCAGGAGGCCCUCAAAAUAAAGCUAGAUCUGCUGCCCAUUAAGUCCAGAGAUGGUCAGAUCAUUACCCGUACCACCGAAGUUGAUUACCUGCCAAAGCCCAAGCAGAAAAAGAAAAACGAAGAUGAGGAGCAGGAAGAAGAUUCUGAUGAUGAUGAAGAUGGAGACACGGAGUUCGAAGACAGCGAUGACGAUGUGGUCAACGAUGUGGAGGGGGCGGCUGCAGUACCCGUUCAAAAACUCAUUUCUACCACGGAUCUGCUGAUUGCCCGCCAGCAAGAGAUCGAGCGCCAAAAAUACCGCAUCGGAAUCAUUUGCUCCGGACUGCUCGAAAAACCAGAGGACAAGAUGCGCAACUUUCAUGCCUUAUACGAACUCAUGGACGAAAUCAAUCCAGCCACCAGGCAGGCAAACCUAAUGUCCGUGAGAAAGCUGGCUAUAAUUUCUGUAACCGAGAUCUUCAAGGACAUUUUGCCCGAGUAUCGAGUGGGUCAGGUGGACACGAAGAUGCAGACGCUGCGCAAGGCUACACUGGAUCGUGUGACCUUUGAGAACGCCCUGCUUCAGCAGUUCAAGAAGUUUUUGCAGAAGCUGGAGCAGAUCACGGCGCAGGUGAACAGGAGAGGCGGUCUAAGGACUCCCCAGACCGUAAAGUUAGCCACCGUGGCGGUGCAAUGCAUGUGCGAUUUGCUUGUGGCCCAUCCAUACUUUAACUAUGUCCAAAACAUUGCACAGCUGCUGGUCUACAUGCUGAAUUGUAAUUACCAAGAGAUGCGAACGGCAGUUAAUCAGUGUUUCCGCACAGUCUUUUCCAACGACAAGCGAUUGGAGAUUACCCUCUUCAUAGUCCGGCGCAUCAACCACUUGAUCAAAACAAAGCAGAAUAAUGUCCAUGUCGAGUGCAUCACCUGUCUUAUGGGCCUGAAGAUCAAGGGCGUAAACCUGGAUGCUGAGAAGGAGAACGAGCUGAAGCAAAAGAAACUAGAGUCGCAUCGUCAACGCUUGCUAAGUUUGUCCAAAAAAGAGCGCAAGAGGCGGAAGAAACUUACCGAGGUUAACAGAGAGCUGGAAGAGACCCGUGCCGAGGAAAACAAGCAGGCCAAACAUCAGAAGCUCACCGAGAUCAUCAAGAUGGUGUUCACCAUAUAUUUCCGGGUGCUAAAGAACGAUCCCACUUCUCGUGUUUUGAGCGCCAUUCUCGAGGGUUUGGCAGAAUUUGCCCACGUCAUUAAUCUGGACUUCUUCUCGGACUUGAUCGAUGUGCUUAAUCGAAUUUUGGAGGAUCAAGAAGAGCUGGGGUAUCGGGAGCGAUUGCACUGCGUUCAGACAAUUUUUGUGAUCCUUUCCGGACAGGGAGAAGUGCUCAACAUUGAUCCCAUCCGAUUCUACCAGCACUUUUAUCGGAACAUGUUGGCCGUGCAGGCGGGCAAGAACCACGACGACUUUACCAUUAUUCUGAAAACCCUAGAUGAAGUGCUGGUAAAGCGGCGUCGAAAUAUGAGUCAGCAGCGUCUGAUGGCGUUUGUCAAACGGUUGCUCAUUGGAAGUCUGCAUCUGCUGCAUAAUGGCACACUGGCCACGCUAGGCACCAUAAAACAGACCUUCCAGCUCACGUCCGUUCUGGAUAAUCUACUCGAUACGGAUACUAGCAUAGGAUCAGGUCGGUAUGACCCUGAACUGGAUGAUCCCGAGUACUGCAAUGCGGCCAGCACGACGCUCUAUGAGCUCACCCUCCUGGCACGACACUAUCAUCCCACGGUGCGACGCAUGGCCGUUCACAUUGCCAACGGAGUGCCAGCCUCCGGCGAGGGAGCGCUGCCCACGGAAAUCGGCAAGCUAACCUCACACGAGUUGUUCACCCAGUAUGACAGCACACAGAUGGCUUUCAAUCCGACAAUACCACUUCCAAAGGCUGGUCAACCCAAACUUAAAAAGGGCAAACAAUUGUAUGUACGGUCGGAUUUUAAACAGGAGUGCGGUAAACUUCUGCGCGGAACUCCACAAACGAAGGACAAACAUUCAUUACAAAUUGAUUUUCUUAGUGCACUUCAAUAAACUACAGAUAGGACAUGAUUUCAUAUUAUACUUUUAAUAUAAGUUAUACUUCCAUAUGUUUGAAGUAAGAACAAAAUGU